AUGCAGCUGGCUCAAUUACACCGGCCGCUGGUGGCCGCAUCUUCUAGUGGAUCGUCGGCAGCCAGGACUGGUGCUGCUCUUCGACAAUUGCAGGAUGGACUCGCCGCUCUGAGGAUAGGAAACACGAACCAGGCUGUCGAGGGUAGGAGGUAUGCCUCCGUCAAGAGUCAGGGAGCCUACAGGAUUCGAGACUCGAGCACGAUCCCAAAGAACUUGGGUGCCAAGAAGACUGGUGACACGUAUGUGAUUCCCGGCAACAUCCUCUUCAAGCAGCGCGGCACGAAAUGGCACCCUGGCGAGAACGUCGGCAUGGGUCGCGACCAUACCCUCUUCUCCAAGGUGACAGGCUACGUGAAAUACUACAAGGACCCGGCCAAGCACCCCGACCGCCAGUACAUUGGCGUUGUCUUCAACAAGGAGGACAAGCUGCCUUACCACGCACACGCAAUGCGCAAGCGCAAGCUCAACAUGACGGCUUCCGUCAUCCCCGAAGCCAAGAUCGAGCCCGAGAUCAGUGCCUCGGGUAUCCCGAACCAGGUCGUCCGCCAGGGCUACGGCCGCAACCCGCACCCGCGUGACGAGCGCAUCUACAAGCUCCAGAAGGACGGCAGCUACGCCUAUCGCGAGGAGAACUGGCGUCUCGGUAGCCUUAUUCGUACCGAGAAGCGCAAGAUGGGUUCUCGUAGAGUCGCCAUGAAACACAGAAGGAGAACGGUCAAGGCCAUCCAGCUAGAGAUGCGCAGAGACCGCGAGGACAAGAUCGCUAGAAGGAAGGAGGCCCUCGACGAGCAGAGAGCGGCCAAGCAAAAGAAGUUCAGAGACUAUUACGCCAGGAAGAAGGCCGAGGCCGAGGCUGCUGCUGGUGGAGCAGCUCCUCCGACGGAGAAGCCCGCGCCCCGGGCUCAGGCGUAA